AUGGAAGUCAUCCAGCAACACCCCGACCACUUCCAGAUGUCCGAACACAAUCCUAUUGUGCCGCUGAUAACCGUCACGCAGGAGCCCGUAGGACGUGUACUGCUGCUGCUCGAUACGCCUUCAGUUUCAGCUCCAGCUGGGACUUUAGUGAACUACACCCGCCUCGUCAAUGAUUUGGAGAGCUCACUGUUGUCCCCUGGUGGAGUGGAGGUUGGCAUGGCCUCCUACAGGACUGAUGGGUCUGGAGGAAUACAGAUCUACCUAACGCGCCCCUACGCCCCAGUCUUAUAUCACGGUGAGCUCUACGACUUCAUUCCCGAGCCUGAGUACCGCACCGAAGCCCCGGACUUGUCUCUCGUGUUGAACGAAUUGCUGAGCACCGCAGAGGUCUUCUUCCCGGGCACUCUAGUGGUGAUCCCUGUCAACCAGGAGCUCAUUGACUCUUCACAACUCAACAAAAUCAUUGCUGAGUCGUUGCACUCACGCCGCAUGAAGCCUCUACUCCUCUUCCCCGAGCGUGACCCUAAGUUGCUGCAGUGCGGGUCGUUCUUGCAGUAUUCAGGCGGUCAAGUCGUCACUAAUAACGUCACUAGUGGUGAUGACGUCAUGACGUCGGCCAUUGCUGUUCCUGAAGUCGAAAACUUCAUCGAAAACGGAUACAUAAACGAUCAUCCUAUUGUACGGGAAGACUCAGUGAGUGUCUCAGCUAGCAGCCCCUUCCAAGGCACGGUCUACUACCAGACCGACGUGGCGAAGACCCUCAUUGCAGUAGUGACGUCGACAGACUCUGUGGCAGACCUGACUAUCCAGUACAAAAAGUAUGGCACGUUCAGGGACUGCGAGAACUGCGAAAAGUCACAGAACUCGAUAAUGUACAAGAUCACGCCUGGUAACCCUGGUGCUUUCCCUGGUGAAGAGUGGAGCCUGAAAAUCCUGAACAAAGGCAGUACAGGCGUCGCUGUGCAGAUCACGUGGAGUGAACUCUACUAUGUCGGCAUGACUGAAGAGUUGGACAUUGUGGUCUGGACAUCUGAGGGGCGGGGGCCAAUUUCGCAAAUUAACGAAAAUCAAGAACUUGUUCUCUAUGCAUCAGUCCUCAACUACGGGAGGCAGGUGCUGGGGUCGCGUGUGGCUGUGACGGCAGACCUGGGGCUGGUGGGGCCGGGGGGCGGCGACCCUCUGCUCUUGGCUGGCGUUGAGCUCCGCGAUGACGGGAUCGGAGUUGACUUGCGUCGUGACGACAGCGUCUUUUCGUGCUCCAUUACUGACGAAAUAGCCGAAGGCUCCUCCGUUGCGGUCUCUGCCAUCUACGUAAGCAGUGCAUCCCCGAGUGAAAGAUCCAACACUCCUUUCUCCGACUCCGUGAACUACGGCAUGAGCAGCAACAAGUCCCCCCAGUCUAGUGGACUGUACCCCAGAGACACCAGUCUGGUGGAAUGUUGUGGCAGCUUCGUACAGAACCCCGACACAGAGCUGCAGAUGGAUGUCAAGGGCUUUUACGUCAUCGCCCGCGACGUGGUGCCACUGGGGGCCACUGGUUUCGGCACUGCGACUGGGAUGUCCAUUGUCCUCGACAGGACGAUUAACAAGACUUCAAAUAUGGAAACAACUACCUCUCCCUCUACUACAACCCCAACCACUACGACUCCCACCACUACGACCCCCUCCACUACAACCUCCGCCACUACAACCCCCACCACUACAACCUCCACCGCAACAACCCCCACCACUAAAACCUCCACCACUACAACCCCCACCACUACGAUUCCCACCACCACGACCUCUACAACUAUAACCCCCACCUCUCCGACCUCCACCUCUUCAACCCCAACCUCUUCAACCCCAACUACCACAAUCCCCACUACUACAACAACAACCAUAACCACAACCAUUACAACGACCAUAACCACCCCCACCCAAACAACCACGACCACGACCACCUCCACUACCACCACCACCGAUGAGCUCACGUAACCGCCUCAUCCCCUCUCUGCGUCCCUGCGACAACGACACUCUACCAGGACCCAUACUUACAAAAAAAAGUUAAGAGAUCGUAAGUUCAUCAGCCAGUCAUUGACG